AUGAAUCACUUCCAGACCAUCCUGACUCAGGUCCGGAUGUUGCUCUCUAGCCAUCGGCCGAGCCACGUGCAGGCGCUUCUGGAUAACCUGCUGGCAGAAGAGCUCCUCUCCAGGGAGUACCACUAUGCCCUGCUCCAUGAGUCUGAUGGUGAGGCUCUGGCCAGGAAGAUCUCCUUGACCCUGCUGGAGAAAGGAGACCCAGACUUGGCCCUCUUGGGGUGGAUCUGGAGCGGGCUGCAGGCCCCCACAGCCGAGAGGGACCCCAGCUACAAGGACCCUGCUGGUAGUGGACAGUGCCCAACCAUGGAGCUGGGGCCUCUAGAAGGCAGUUACUUAGAACUUCUCAACAGCAGUGCUGACCCUUUGCAGCUCUACCACCUCUACGACCGGAUGGAUCUGACAGGAGAAGAAGAGAUAGAGCUCUGCUCAGAACCUGACACAGACACCAUCAACUGCGAACAGUUCAGCAGGCUGUUGUGUGACAUGGAAGGUGACGAAGAGACCAGGGAGGCUUAUGCUAAUAUCGCGGAAUUGGACCAGUACGUCUUCCAGGACACCCAGCUGGAGGGCCUGAGCAGAGACAUUUUCAUUGAGCACAUAGGAUUGGAAGAGAUGAUCAGCGAGAGUGUGGAGGUGCUGGAGGAAGCAGGGCAGAAAAGUCAGAAAAGACCCUUCCCAGAGGAACUGCCUGCGGAUCUGAAGCACCGGAAGCUAGCUGAGCCCCUCACCAUGCCCGUGGUGACUGGCACUUUCCUGGUGGGGCCAGUGAGCGACUCCUUGGCUCAGCCCUGCCCGCCGCCUCCUGCUCUGUUCAACACGGAGCCAGCAUCCAGCCAGACCCGGCUGAAGGACCCGGCGCCCCCUUCCAGUUCCCUGUUGAGCUGCCUGAGUCUUCCCGCGGGAUCCAUUCAGACUCUCCCCACUCUGUCCACUCUGCCCCAGGGGCUCUGGCCGAUCUCAGGGACUGGGACAGGGGUCUCCAGUAUACUCAUCUACCAAGGUGAGAUGCCCCCGGCCAGCCAAACACCCCCGUCCAGCGACCCUGCUGUCCAGAGCCUUCCCAAGUCCCCAGACCGGCCCAGCUCCGCCAGCCCCUUCGCCCCGUCUGCUGCCGACCUCCCCAGCAUGCCCGAACCAGCCCUGACCUCCCGUGCAAACCUGACAGAGGAUGAGAUGUCCCCCACCAAAUGCCCGGCAGCUGACAGGGCCUCCAGCAAACUUCCCAAGUGGCCUGAGAGCGUGGAGCAGUUCUACCAGUCACUACGGGACAAGUACCAUGCCCAGCCCGCCGGCCCGGAAGGCACCCUGGUGGAGAUGGAGCUGGUGAGGGUGAGGCUGGAGAAGAACAGUGGGAAGAGCCAGGAGAGAGAGCUGGCCACCCUGGACUGGGCAGAGCGGCAGCCGGCCCAAGGGGGUCUGGCCGAGGUGCUGCUGGCUGCGAGCGACCGCCGGCAGCCGCGUGAGACGCGGGUGAUUGCUGUACUGGGCAAAGCGGGACACGGGAAAAGUCACUGGGUCCGGGCCGUGAGCCGGGCCUGGGCCUGCGGCCAGCUGCCGCAGUACGACUUUGUCUUCUGCAUCCCCUGUCACUGUUUGGACCGUCCGGGGACCUCCUACUGCCUGCAGGAUCUGCUGUCCUCCCUGGGCCCGCAGCCGCUGCCGGUGGACGACGAGGUCCUUAGUUACAUCGUGAGGAGGCCCAACCGCGUCCUGCUCAUCCUGGAUGCCUUUGAGGAGCUGGAAGCCCACGACGGCUCCCUGCACAGCGCAGGGGGCCCCGGGUCGGCAGAGCCCCGCUCCCUCCGGGGGCUGCUGGCAGGCCUCCUCCAGCGCAAGCUGCUGCGGGGCUGCACCCUGCUGCUCACGGCCCGGCCGCGGGGCCGCCUGGCCCAGAGCCUGAGCAAGGCCGAUGCCCUGUUCGAGGUGGCCGGCUUCUCGGCCCAGCAGGCUGAGACCUAUGUGAGGCAUUACUUUGAGUCAGAGGGGACCGCCGAGCACCAAGAGAGGGCCCUGGCGCUCCUUCGGGCCCGGCCAUUCCUCCUGAGUCACAGCCACAGCCCCACCGUGUGCCAGGCCGUGUGCCAGCUAGCGGAGGCCCUCCUGCAGCAGAGUGGUGAAGCCCAGCUGCCCUCCACCCUCACGGGCCUCUACGUGGGCCUGCUAGGCCCAGCAGCCCGCGACAGCCCCCCGGGGGCCCUGGCAGGACUGGCCAGGCUGGCCUGGGAGCUGGGCCGUGCGCACCAGAGUGGCCUGAAGGAGGACCGCUUCCCAUCGGCGGAGGCGAGGGCCUGGGCCGUGGCCCAGGGCUGGUUGCGGCCCACCCCGGGGGCCCUGGAGACCGACCUGGCCUUCUCCAGCUUCCUCCUGCAGUGCUUCCUGGGGGCCGUGUGGCUGGCUCUGAGCGGCGAAAUCAAGGACAAGGAGCUGCCGCAGUAUCUGGCCUUGACCCCGAGGAAGAAGCGGCCCUAUGACAACUGGCUAGAGGGCGUGCCGCGCUUCUUGGUCGGACUGGUCUUCCAGCCUCGCGCCGGCUGCCUGGGGGCCCUGGCGGGGCCGGCGGCCUCCGCGUCGGCGGACAGGAAGCAGAAGGUGCUCACGAGGUACCUGAAGCGGCUGCAGCCCGGGACGCUGCAGGCGGGGCGGCUGCUGGAGCUGCUGCACUGCGCCCACGAGGCGCUGGACCCCGGGCUCUGGCAGCACGUGCUGCAAGGGCUCCCAGCCCGCCUCUCCUUCCUGGGCACGCGGCUCACGCCUCCCGACACCCACGUGCUGGGCCGCGCCCUGGAGGCGGCCGGCCGAGACUUCUCCCUGGACCUCCGCGGCACUGGCGUCGACCCCUCCGGACUGGGGAGCCUCGUGGGACUCCGCUGUGUCGCCCGUUUCAGGGCUGCGUUGAGUGACACUGUGGAGCUCUGGGAAUCCCUGCAGGAGUGUGGGGAGGCCAAGCUACUCCGGGCGGUGGAGGAGAAGUUCACCAUUGAGCCUUUCAAGGCCAAGUCCAUGAAGGAUGUGGAAGACCUCGGCAAUCUCGUGCAGAUCCAGAGGACAAGAAGCUCCUCUGAAGAAGCAGCUGGGGAGCUCCCUGCUGUCCGAGACUUAAAGAAGCUGGAGUUUGCGCUGGGCCCCGUCUUGGGCCCACAGGUUUUUCCUAAACUGGUGAAGAUCCUCGAGGCCUUUACUUCCCUUCAGCACCUGGACCUGGACUCACUGAGCGAGAAUAAGAUCGGAGACGAGGGUGUCGCCCAGCUUGCCACCACCUUCCCUCAGCUGAAGGCUCUGGAGACACUCAACUUGUCCCAGAACAACAUCACUGACGUGGGUGCCUGCAAGCUGGCCGAGGCUCUGCCCGCGCUGGCCGCGUCCCUCCUCAGGCUGAGCCUGUACAACAACUGCAUCUGCGACGCGGGAGCCGAGAGCCUGGCGCACGUGCUUCCGGACAUGGUGUCCCUCCGGAUGCUGGACGUCCAGUACAACAAGUUCACAGCCGCUGGGGCCCAGCAGCUUGCCGCUGGCCUGAGAAAGUGCCCUCAGGUGAAGACACUGGCCAUGUGGACACCCACCAUCCCCUUUGGCGUCCAGGAGCACCUGCAGCAGCUGGACCCCAGAAUCAUCCUGAGAUGA